CGUGCGGUCUGGCAAUUGCUGCCGGAUUCUUGGCCUAGUCGCUGAGAUUCUCCCUGGCAAUUUCUGGCUGUGUUCGGAAAUCCUGAAGGUAUCCUUGCCUCGACCUCGGUCAUGACCAUGGCGGAGACGAAAUCUCAGGCCGAAUCGCUUGUUCCUCAAUUCCAACUCGAAAGAGUGCUUAACCAAGAUCAAAAUGGCCGCCGAAUAUCUCUGCUCGGCACAAUCUCAUCACAACCGGCCAUCAUGACCCUAGAACGAGCGGCAUUCCCAACCGAUCCAGCUCUUGUCACGGAACUAAUGACUUCGCUUAUCAAUACGGUCAAUCUUGGGGCCAACGAUAUCUAUCGCUGGUAUAUGGCAAACCGUUCGAUUAAGCCUUCAAGUAUGACAGCAGGCACUACGACAGGCUCUACGACCCCAACCUCAACCUCCCAAAUAGCUGAUCUGAAAUUAAACCUCAUAUACCCAUGCACGCCGAAGCAUAUCCAAAAGUACUCCGCGCAGCGCGUCCGCAUGGUCACGGAGACACCCGAGAUCUAUUCGAAACACAUCAACCCUUACAUUGCCAGCCAGCGUGCGGCUGGCCGACUCGAUUGGGUCUUCAAUAUCCUCGAAGGCCGCACCGAGCAAGAGGACGUCAUUGCCCGGUGUGACUGGGGCUCGCAUUCCAACUCUGGUUUUCUCCUGCUACCUGACCUCAAUUGGGAUCGCAAGACAGUGCAAGGCAUGCACUUACUGGCACUGGUUCAGCGUCGGGAUAUUUGGUCACUGCGAGAUCUCAAGAAAAAACACGUUCCUUGGCUCAAGGCUGUGCGGGACCAAAUCGUGACUGCUGCGACCAAAGUCUUUCCCGGUGAGAUCGAAGCCGACGAAGUCAAGUGCUACAUUCAUUAUCAGCCGACGUAUUACCAUUUCCACAUUCACGCCGUGCAUGUCAUGCUUGAAGCCGGUACCACACAAAGUGUAGGCAAGGCGUUUGGACUCGGCAACAUCAUUUCGCAACUUGAAUGCAUGCAGGGCGAUGAAGAGACUGGCAUGGAAAGUGUCGAUUUGAUGUAUUUCAUGGGUGAAGAGAAUGAGUUGUGGAAGCGAUGUUUCGGAAGAUUGAAAAUCGGUGAUGAGCCCGACUUGAAUUGAAGAUCGGCUGGUGCAAAAGGAGCCGUCGUGGACGGAAGGAGUUGGCACAGCUGGUCGAUAGUGCAGCCAUGAUCGACGUAUAACUCGGCAGAAGAAGAAGUCAAUGGAACAAAUUCCGGAAACUCAAUCGCUGCUCAGCUGGACGUCGGGUCUAUCGAAAAAGCGCCAAUUUCUUCUGCACCCGAGCAGCGAGUUUCCGUCUAAAGUAAUGUGAUUGACCUGGAAACCAUCCCAGGGAUGGCGGACGGAGUUUGCCAGGACUCUGUCAAGAAUGAGUGAUUGGGAAAAUAUGUGAGUCUGUAGAAUGACGCAUACUACUCUCUUCCGGGGAUUUCAUAUAUGUGACGCAUGCCUUAAAUGGAAGUGUGGAAAGUGUAUUCGUAGGUGGGUAUAUAUGUGAUAAUGAUGAAUCGAAGAAAUCCCC